CUGGCUCUUACUUUGUGUGGAUUACUCUUUUUUGGAAACCAGAUAGUGAAGUGUCUUGAAAGUAGGAAGGCAACAUGACUAAAAUAUCUUUGUACCCUUGACACUGCCCAGCUUAGGACUAAGCACAGAUUGAUGGCUCACCAUGCCAGAUGGGUGAAGGACUGGAUGCUGGAGGAAGGACCAAGUAGUAACUUCAGAGAUACUGAGGCCAAGAAUUUUUUGGCUGGGAGACCACUUUUACCAGGGAAAGACUCUCAAGGAAAUUCAGAAAUUUUGAGAUACUGGAGUCAUAUCACGAUAUCCACAGACAGCCAAGCAGGUAACAUAAUGUCUAAAUCAAUAGUCAAGGUGUAGGAGUGAUGGAUCCUGGGGCUGGUUGGAAAACACCUGUCAUUCCUAAAAGUUAGUAAAAUCCAGGUUAAAAAAAAAAACAAACUCCUCAGGUAAACAGCGUAUAUCCAGAGUAGAUAUAUGGAAGUGGCCAUAUAUUCCAAUAAUUCUUAGUUGGAAGUGGCCACUUUUCUCUGUAGGAAGUCAUCUUCCUGAGCAAGUGGAAUGCUGUCACAUGGGUAGAGGUGCUUUGGAACACAAAACUUUGGAUAGUCCUCCAGAAGUGAACCAGAUUCAUGUGCCUCCAUUGAAGGCAGUGUUUACAUUCUCUUCCCACCACACAGAAUAGAGGCUUCCCUUCCGCCACAUAUUUAAAUUUAAAGAUGCUGCCACCUUGGCCUUUCCCUGCCACAUCAACUAUGGUCCCCUUCAUGCACCUCUGGUUUCCCAUCACCCACUGCCUGUAACAUCAAAGUUCUCCAUUCCCAAGCCAUACCAGACUCUGCUGUCCCUAAACUCAUGUGUGCUUCGCACAUAUAUUUCCAGUACAGGUGGAGGAGCUUAUAGAGGUUCCUCUGUCCCAGCCACUCUUCCUCAGUUUUCGGGGGAUGGGUGACCAGACAGCUGUUGCGAAGGAAGAGCCGAGCUGUCAGGCUGGUGGAGGGUGUGGAGAAUGAAGACAAAGUGGGAGCACAGACACUGCCUGUGAGCGGCGCCUUCAGUCCUUACAGACAACCAGACACCCUCAUCUACAGACUGAAUCACCAGUGAGCUUCCCUAGACAGGUAAAGGUCUUUGACACCACACCUGCCUUGUGAAACAGGAGGGCUUUGUGAUACAGUCUGGUGGCCUGGUUCUGUCAUCUGUGAGGCGGAGGCCACAAGGCAUAGCACUGGGAGUCAUCAGGCACCAGGACCCUGAAUGCCUACAUAUAGGGAUGGUUGGUCUCCUUAUGCUAAUGAGGUUUAGACCAUGCUGAGCCUGACUUCUCUUCUGUGGGAUUUGGGGUAUCCCUUAUAUACCUAUGGCUCCAUCUUCAUUAUUAUCCUAAUUAUCUGGCAGGUGAAAAAGAGUUACCAUGGAUUAACACUGGAACCUAAAAGGAGCUGCUGCCUGCGUCACCGGAAAGUCAGACAAAGGGCUAGAGAUGCAGCAUCAAGAGCUAGGAGACUUUCCCAGGAAGAAGCUGAAAAGCCAUGGGAGCUGCUCUCUGUCAUGAAAAGCCGGGGCUGGCUUCCUCGGGAGGGGAGUGUGCAGCAGCUCCUGUGUGCAGAUUCCUGCUGCCAAACCUGCGAUGCCAUGGCUCUGGAGAUUCAGCAGGUGGUGGUGGGUGAGAACACCCUGAUCUCCCCCACUUCAAGGAGGCUGUCACAGGGCUGCUCUUACCUAGAGAUUUUGUCCACGUCUAAAGUGUCUUCUGAGCAGAGACUGGAGCAUCGUUCCCCACACUCCAAAGACCUUUCACUUCCAUCUGCAACCUUCACAGUGUCAGAGAAAUCCUUAACCCAGUCAUCUGCCCAGUCAACAGGUGCAGCUAGCAUCCAUGAUUACUGGGCUGAACACCUCAAGCUAAGGCAGGGAUUUCAAGUACCAGAGGUGCCCAGGGGCCCAGAGACUAUGUUUUCUUCAAGGUUUGAGGAAACUAAGGUUUCAGUAAACCUGCAGGAGAUGAUGCAGAGCAACCCCAACCUUGUCUAUGGGAACCAAGGCCAGCAGCCCUUGAAUUCUCAGGUCUCUCUGCAGACCCUGAACCGAGAAGUCACAGCCCUGACACAUGCUAUGGCCUUACAUAUGGUCACUGUCCUCCCUGCCCACCUGUUAUUCCUCAGUACUGAAGUCCGGAGGCUUCUUGAGGUACAUGUAAAAGGACUGAUGCACUUCCAGAGGUGGGGGCUCCCCAGACGUGUGGAAGAGUCCCUGAGGCAGCUUAUACCAGAUCCGCCAUUAUUUUACCACCCUGUACAUAACCAACCAGACUCUUUCAUCCAGAAUGAUACUUCUCAGUUCUCUACUGAGAAAUUUGGGACCGUUUCAUACCAGAACUGGGGUUCACGUACGGUCGGCCAGCCCAGCCAGGCCUUCUGGGUUUCUAAGUGGUCCAUUAUGGACCCAGAACAAAGACACUACUACCAGCAAAUCCCAGACAAUAUGGCUCUAGCCUUGCCCUCUCCAGCCCUUAAAGAAUUAAGUGGCCUUUAUCUAAUGCCUGGGCAACAGGCUAACGACUCAGUGGGCCAUGUGCAGCCGAAAUAUAGCCAGCCAUUCUGUGGCCUCCCUUCUCUGCACAGUGAGUCCCGGGUUGACACUUUCUUGGGUUCUCAAGGCCUCUCCAUGAACGGGAGCAUGUCCAAGCCCCCCUUGAAGCAUCCUUUUCUCUUCAAGGAGCUCUCCUUCCUCCUUCUGAUGCCUAAAACUCCACUCCAGUCAGCUCCACCCUCUUCUCCAUCUUCCCCAAAUUGGAUUGCUCCAACUGAGCACCAACAAGCUCAGAUCAAUAUCCCGUUUCUGACCCUGGAUGAGUGUGAAGCCUUGGAGUGGCACCUGCUGCAGAGGCAGCUCCAGCUUCAGUGGGGCUUGCCAGAUGUUUUCCAGAGAAAUCAGCGCACCCAGAGCCCCAUGCAGUAUAAGCCCUGUGACAAAGCCCAGUCUUCUGAGACUGUGACAACUUCCUGGCCAGGGCAGCCCAUCUCAGUCCUCACAAGGGAACUACUCUUGUUCCCAGAGCAUGCCAGGAGGCUGCUGGAAUUCCACCUCCAGUGACAGUUGAUUCACCAUCGCCGGGGCCUGCCCCAGAAGAUCCAGCAGUCCAUCCAUUUGCUCCUGUCCCCUGCUGACGGGCAGACUCUCUCCUGGAGCAGCACAGCCCUAGACAAUGUGGACGUCCCCCACCCUACAGCUCUAGAGGGCACUGGCGUUGGCAACCCAUUCCCAGCCGUCAAGGACCCAGGGUCAGUCCCUAUGCCGCACUUGUCUGACCAGGCCAAGGCAAUAUUGCAGAGCUACAUCGACUCCAAAUGUGGGAAGAUUCACCAGGGCAAGGUUCCUGUCUGCGUAUGUGGCUCCUGGGAGUGCAGAAUUCCUGGGGUCCUGGAAGUGGCUCCCUUUACCUGCACCCCAGAAAGCAAGCCCCUAGAACUACAGGCAGCAAAUGAUCCAGACAAACAACAGAAAAUUACACCCUGGAUGCCAACGGCCCUUGAGCAGCAGCAGCAAACCUCACCAGGUGCUAACACUGAACAUCCUAAGCUGCCCCAAGCCCUGUCCGAGGGAGCCACUGAGACACUGGAGACAGCUUUACGGCACAAGGAUCUGGCCUUCUUGUCAGGGAUGCCUGCUGUUUAUUAUGUGGCUCUCUCCACGGCCAUGGCCCCAGCAAUAACUUCCCAAGCUGUGAAAACAGAGAUGGUGCGGCCUGUCGAAUUUCCAGGAGAACCUCUGACUCAGGUGACCUUACCUGAAGAGCAGGGUCUAAGUCCUGGGCCAGGCUUUCAAGAUGCCAACGAGACUUGUGCAGACAUUGCAGGUGAAUUCCAGGCUGAAGUGCAGAGGGAAGGAAUAAUCAAGAUGGUGCCUCUAGAAAGCCAGUCAGAGCCUGUGAAGCCAUACUCACUCGGGGAACCCAUCUUGGCCAAACUAAAUUUCCAUCUGAGAAAGAAGAUCCUAGAGAUACAACUGGGAAUUCCCCUAAAGGCAAGGGAGCCCUGGGAACAAACUGUAGCAAUGCCAGAGAACAUAUGGACACAGGAGUCUCUUGGGAGUAUAAACAACCACGGAAAAACACUGCUCCAGGAGCUCCCCAUCCCACCAGAUAUGCCACGUGCCCUGGAUCCAGAAUGGCUCCACCUCAAACAACAACUGGCCACUGAGUUAAAGGCAGUGCAUCAGAAACAGAAACAACCCAGGUCCAGGGCAGUACCCCAUGAUUCUGUCCACUGGGCCUCCAAGAUCUCACAACCCAGUGGGGACAUGACAGAGACCCAGGCGCUUUGUGUUCAGCUGGAGGCCAGUGUGAACAACCCCAGCCUAGAGGAGCCCCAAAGCCCUGACAAGAGCAAGGACUCAUCCCAAGACCCCACACUGGCAGAAAAGAGAGAGAAGCCAGGCAAACCCAAAAUGGCAGGGGACCACGGAGAAGGGGAUGCCGGGUUUGCAGUCUCUUCCACAAGAGAAAAAAGCCACUCUGCUGAAGCCCAGAGGCCAGAAGGGAUGCUUCUGAACGGGACACCCUGCAGCCCCUGGCAACAGAGACAUCGCUAUCACCUUGGUGCUCCCUGUCAGCACAGUCCCCAGCAUCACCCUCAGCUUAAAUUCCCAGAGAUACCUCCUGUAGUCCCUGGGGGGAAAGACUCUGAGAAGAAUGACCUGCAAGACAGUCAAGCCAAGCUCAAUGUCAUCCUCAAACCAGCAAGCGUUCCUGAGAAUGUCCAGCCUGUGGUGCCCCAGGCAUCAUAGGGCCAGCCUUUCCUGGGCCAACUCAUUCCAGGUAAGCCAUUGCAGGGCCAAACUUUACAAGGUCAGGUUUUGCAGGGGCAGAUGAUGCCAGGCUAUACUCACAAGAGGCCCAGCCUUCCAGAAUCUGGCUUGAGAAAUAAGAUGAAAUCUUUUCUACACUGUAUUAACCCCAAAGCCAAAGGCAAAGGGCAUGAGGAAUCCAUGUCCUCCCCAUGUGAGAAAGUGGCUAACACAAGAAAAGAAAAUGUAGCAAAGAGCCUGGCUCCAGCCAAAAGUCCCAAGGGGCGAACUAAGACAGAGGAGACAAGAGGGGACCCAAAGGCCCAAUUUCUGCCUACUGAGAAGCAGGUGGGCCUGGCCUUCUUGGAUGGUCCCCAUUCCCCAGACAGUAAGCUCCAGCACCGCUCCCACUCCCAUCAACUCCACUCUGCCUCAGUCCUGGGUAUCCCCCGCCGCUGCCCUCGGCACUGUCCACGAGUGGCUUGUGCCAUCCAACCAGGGGACCCGCCCUCACUCUCACCUCUCACCUCAGAUGGAAACAUUGGUCUGCUCAAGAAGACCCAGUGCAUUCGAAAGACUCUGUAGUCUCCUCAACGUCUGCGUCCCUUGAAGAGGACUGCUACUGUCAUUUUCAUUAAUGUACAGGUGGGCAGAGUGCCACCCAAAAUAUACUCUAUAUCUCUAAGCAGAGAGGUGUCUGUCUGCUCCUCCUCUCUACUGUGGUGUGUUCAAGGAAGGCAUAAGGGAGGUAAAUGUCCUUUUUAUCUAGGGAAGGAGUUUUAACUCACACUUAAGCUGGGUCGCACUCCACACAACAACACCCCCUCCCCGGACUGUGGAUAAAGGAACUGGAGCAGAGAAGGAAGGCCCUUGUCUAAGGUACACUGAAGGUAAAGGUCAGGCUUGACUUCUAUUAUGGCGACCUUGGGCCCAGAGGAGCCAUGUGGACAUGAGGAUAGUACUGUCAAGAAGGAGUGGCCAGGAAUCCCACAGGCAAAAUUCACUGAUGACUUCUAUAUAUGCCCACAAUCUGGAGGGGAGUGCCAGUCUUCCAACCUUGAGGAGGCGCUUUGUUUACCAACAGCAUGUAGCUAAUAUGACUAACGUCAAAAGCAAAUGGUAGAAUCUCCCCUCUCUGCUCCCUGUUGGUUAUUCGUUAGAUCUUUCUGGAGAACUCACCUAGGAGGCUGCUGUAGCUCUCUUGCCUAUAUCUCACUUCCACUGCCUAACAGCUGCAUGGUAUGAAUGACACCUGGAAUGAAGAUCACAGUAGGACAUGGAGAGGGGCUUGUCCCCCACCCCCAAGGGUAGGCAGGGACAGAAGCAGAGAGGAAGACCAUGUAGAUGGGGGUCUGAGUCCCUGAGAUAGAAGCUGACAUGUUCCUGGGACUUCCCUGGUGGUCCAGUGGGUAAGACUCCACGCUUCCAAUGCAGGGGGCCCAGGUUCAAUCCCU